AUGGCAUAGAAUGUUAUGAUGCAUUAAACAAAGAGCAUUUUGAGUUAAAAGCUCAUGUUUUAGCUUGGACUGGAGAUAUACCAGCUAUCACCAAAAUAAUGUGUUUUACUGGACAUAAUUCUUACCAGGGAUGUCGGUUUUGUAAAAUCAAUGGAAAAUUAUUGAGAAGCAAUUCACAUGUUUAUUAUCCUCUACCAAAUGAUAUGGAAAUUUCUGAUCUUCCUUCUCGUAAACAUAAUGAAAUAUUAGAUAAUAUUAAAGAUAUUGAUAAUUCUAAAAAUAAGACUUUUAAAGAUAGAUUGAUACAAAAAUAUGGACCUAAUAUGUAUAAGCUUUGGUCAAAUAAAUUUUACAAAACAAAUGAUUUACAAAAGGUUUAUUCAAUUAGUAAAAAAGAUUGGCAAGAAAUUGGCAGAGUUCUUGAACAAAAUAAGUAUAAUAUACCAACUAGUUUUGGGAGAGUACCAAGGAAUAUUUACAAGCAUUCAGCUGGAUACAAGGCAGAAGAGUGGUCAAAUUGGAUUAUGUUUUUUUCACUCCCACUAUUAAAAGGAAGAAUUGAAGAAAAGUACUUGAAAGGCUGGUCUCAUUUAGUAAAUGCAGUAUACCUUUGUAUUCAACCAACAAUUGAAUAUGAAGAUUUUGAAAAAAUUAAAAGAGAUUUGAAAGAAUUUUAUAUCUGUUAUAUUAAUGAUUACAAGGAAGAUGACAACCAAGAGGGAUUAAAGAUUCAUCUAUUGACAUUUCAUUAUAUAUUACACGUAAUCCAGAGUAUUGAAGAUUUUGGCCCAUGUUGCUAUUAUUGGCAAUUUCCAAUAGAAAGGCUUUGUGGCAUGUUGCUUCCACUAGUUAAGUCAAAAAAAGAUCCAUAUAAAAAUUUAAUUAAUAAUAUCACAUUGCUUGAAAAAUUUAAUAUGAUGAGAUUUUAUCCAAAGUUUAACAUUGUAUUUGAAGAUUUUAAAGAAAAGCAACGAUUUGAUUUUCCUGAGCAUAGAGUAUAUGUUAAUGAUCAUUAUGAUGGUUAUGAAUUUUAUUCUCCUAGCAAAAAACAUCAAUUAAAUAAUGAUGAAAUCAGAAAACUGAAAGAAUGUUACAGUGCUAUUUAUGAUAUGAACAUAAAAAACCUUAAUGAAAUUUCUAACAAUUCUAAGAAAUAUGCAAAAUUGAUGAAUAAACAUGGUCAUAUUAUCAAAUCUUUAUAUGAUGCAAAGAACAAAGAAGAUAUAAGAAAUAAUAAUUUUGUUGCU